AUUUCCUGCCCUGAUGCAUGGUGGUCGAACCGAAGGGAUUGUUGGAAAUUUUAGAGGUUCGUAUAAAUGUGGUUUUACCCAGUGUGCCUUUCUACAGCCAUAUCCAGUUUGGGAGACGGAAGGGGAUAGCUGUGCGUAGCGUUUGAUAGGAGAAAUAUACUUCAUUAAACCAUAGUUUAAAUCAUGUAUUGUCUAAAAUGUUUUAUUAUUCGCUAGCCCACAUGCUAAUUAGCACUAGCAAAUGAUUUGUUCGCGCUCUUCUUCACACUAGUAACAGCUGCCUGCUAACUAGUUAAUAUUAGCAGUUCGUUUAAGAGGCUAACUUAUAACCUCGAUUUCCCCAUUGACUGUUUCCUUCAGCUAACUAACUUGCCUUUUCUCAACAUUGGUAGAUACAUGAAUGACGAACUAGCUAGCUAACUUAGCUAGUUACAAAUGACCACAAGUGUCGGUUAGCUAACGUUAAUCGAACAAAAACUGUUCUCAAGUUAGCUAGCUAACGUUUCUGUCAAAUUUAGUUCGUUAACUAUAGCUACCUAGGUAUAGGCAACAAAGAUCCCAUACCAAUCACAUUCAUAUUUGAUACGGUAACGUUAUGUCUGUCACAUAGCUAGCUGAAGCUGCACUGUUGACUGUCCUAUCAAGUUCCAUCCAACUUGGCAACAACAUGAACUGUUGAAUCUGCGCAGCUCCUGUCUACUGUUGUACAACAUGUCAGCUGAAAGCAGCUGGACGUUAGAUUUGUAUUAUUAAUGUACAUAUGAUCUAGUAAUGCAACAGACACUGCUGCCCAAACUGAAUAAACUGGGUCUAUUCACAUCCAUAAGUUACCAUUGUGCAUAUGACUGCAAGAGCUGUAUGGAAAGUGUCUGACUGCACCCAAUGCAGCCACACAUACAGUGAAUAUAACGUGGUGUGUGUUCGUCUGGACAGAGCGACAAUGCUGUUGGCUCAGAUUAACCGGGACUCCCAGGGCAUUGCAGAGUUCCAAAAUGCAGGUGGAGACACUCAGCAGGUCACCCUCUGUUUGGCAGAGGCUGUUUCAGGUGAGUUCAUCCAUGCCUUUCCAUUUAUCGGUGGGGAUUGUGGCCAAGUUGCCAGCAAAGGAAAAAGUUACUUACACAUGCUGUUGUACAUCUAGAGCCAGUUUUUUUUCAUUUGUUUAUGGUUGUGCCAUUUUUGUUCAAUAGAUGGCGAUCAGAUGGACAUGGACACUGUGAGUUUGCAGGCUGUGACCCUUGCAGAUGGCUCUACAGCUUACAUACAGCACAACCCUAAAGGUAACUAAAAUGUCAAUCAUCUAAACAUACAGUAAUGGAAAGUGGCCAUGAAGGUAUUGGCUUGACUAACAGUGAACACUACCCCAUAAAGUAACCCCCCAAACGGUCUGACCAUGUAGAAAGAAUUGAUAACCUUACUUACAUUUUUUUUUUUUUUAAAUUUUUUAGUCAUUUAGCAGACGCUCUUAUCCAGAGCGACUUACAGUUAGUGAAUACAUUUUUUUUUAUAUACUGGCCCCCGUGGGAAUCAAACCCACAACCCUGGCGUUGCAAACGCCAUGCUCUAUCAACUGAGCUACAUCCCUGCCGGCCAUUCCCUCCCCUCCCCUGGACGACGCUGGGCCAAUUGUGCGCCGCCCAUGAGUCUCCCGGUCGCGGCCGGCUGCGACAGAACCAGGAUCUCUAGUGGCACAGUUAGCACUGCGAUGCAGUGCCUUAGACCACUGCGCCACUCAGGAGUACUUGGCUGAGUCAUGACAGAUUUCUUCUAUCUAUUGAUUAUUAUCAUGAUUUAGUCCAUUAUUUGAUGAGAGCAGUCUGAUUGAAGAGUGCAGUCUCCAUUUCAGAUGGCAAGUUCAUGGAUGGACAGGUCAUUCAGCUGGAGGAUGGAUCUACUGCAUAUGUCCAACAUGUAUCAAUGCCAAGAGCAGGUCUGUUUUCCUCUUAUCAAUGUUAAUUAUUGCUGUGUUUUUUAAUGAAUCAUUGCUUAUUUUGUUUUAAAGUUAGGCAUUUUGCUUAAUCGUGUCACUAUUCACUGUAAGAUGAAACUGUAUUUUAAUGGGAAAAGUGAUAUAAUAUCAAUAUUUCCCCAUUUUUACUUAUCAGAGGAGGCCAACAGGUGGACAGGAUCCCCUUUGUGUGAUGUAAUUGGAGGAGAUGGUCUGAGACUUGAGGAUGGUCAGGCAGUGCAGCUGGAAGAUGGCACAACCGCUUACAUCCACACACCAAAAGGUUUGUCUCCCUCUUAAAGCUGCAACAUGUACGUUUUUGGGCGACCCGACCAAAUUCACAUAUAAAUGUGAAUCAUAGAACUGUCAUUCUCAUUGAAAGUAAGUAUAAGAAGUGGUAGAUCUGUUCUAUAUGCACUAUUUCUAUGCUUCCCGUUCUUAAGUUUAGUUUUUGCGUCUUUUACUUUCGGUUUUGUACAUCAGCUGAAAAGACAAUAUUAUAGAAAAUAUAUUUCAGAGGUUUAGAUGGUACAGUGAUUCUCUACAUUGCUUGUUUUGUCACAUAAACUGAAAUUAGGCAAACUUUGAUAGUUUUUGAAACUAGGAAAUGGCUGAGCGAUUUCUGCAUAUUGCAUCUUUUUAACUUAGUUUAUUGUUAUCCUUUUGUCAAUAAAUGUGUUUUUACCCAGUGUUUCAUAUUUUUUUUCAUGAGAAAUGUGGAUGGGUAAAUAAAAAAAUAAAAACUUUUUGCCAUAGGGUAUUAAACUUCACUGAAACUCCCUCACAGAUACCUAUGACCAGAAUACCCUGCAGGCUGUUCAGCUGGAGGAUGGCACCACAGCAUACAUCCAGCACACAGUACAGAUGCCCCAGACCAACACCAUCCUGGCCAUCCAGGCAGAUGGGACAGUGUCAGACCUGAACACUGAUGGAACCCUCGACCAAGAGACCAUCAACGUGCUGGAACAAUACACCACAAAGGUCGUUUGCUAUUGACAUUGCAUCUUAACAGCUCAUCAACUCAGCAUUGUAUGCCAUUUUCGAAUACCUCAUCUGUGUUUCUGAGGUAAAAUGGUCACUGGUUAUUUCCCCUUUUGUUUUCUCAGGUGGAAGCUGAUGAUGUCAACUCUGUACUGAUGAGAGCCGAGCAAGAUUGUGGUGUGCAGAUGCAGGUACUAUACUUCUCAUGUUUAUCUAUGUCAUAUCAUAUUUACCACCAGCUUACAUUGGAUACAUAUUUAUUUCAGAUUGUGCUUCAAAGGCAGAGUGGUCGUAGUUCUAGGGAGCAGCCUACAGAGAAAUCUUUCCGCUGUGACUAUGAGGGCUGUGGGAAACUCUACACAACAGCACACCAUCUGAAGGUAAAGCACACUCACUCCCUAAAAAUGACAUCUUGAAUGUACACUACCGGUCAAAAGUUUUAGAACACCUACUCAUGCAAGUGUUUUUCUUUAUUUUGACUAUUUUCUACAUUGUAGAAUAAUAGUGAAGACCUCAAAACUAUGAAAUAACACAUAUGGAAUCAUGUAGUAACCAAAAAAGUGUUAAACAAAUCAAAAUAUAUUUUAUAUUUGAGAUUCUUCAAAUAGCCACCUUUUGCCUUGAUGAUAGCUUUGCACACUCUUGGCAUUCUCUCAACCAGCUUCACCUGGAAUGCUUUUCCAACAGUCUUGAAGGAGUUCCCACAUAUGCUGAGCACAUGUUGGCUGCUUUUCCUUCACUCUGCGAUCAGACUUAUCCCAAACCAUCUCAAUAUGGUUGAGGUCGGGGGAUUGUGGAGGCCAGGUCAUCUGAUGCAGCACUCCAUCACUCUCCUUGUUGGUAAAAUAGCCCUUACACAGCCUGGAGGUGUAGUGGGUCAUUGUCCUGUUGAAAAACAAAUGAUAGUCGCACUAAGCCCAAACCAGGUGGGAUGGCGUAUCGCUGCAGAAUGCUGUGGUAACCAUGCUGGUUAAGUGUGCCUUGAAUUCUAAAUAACUCACAGACAGUGUCACCAGCAAAGCACCAUAACACCUCCUCCUCCAUGCUUUAUGGUGAGAAAUACACAUGCAGAGAUCAUCCGUUCACCUACACCGCUUCUCACAAAGACACGGCGGUUGGAACCAAAAAUCUCAAUUUUGGACUCAGACCAAAGGACACAUUUCCACCAAUCUGAUGUCCAUUGCUCGUGUUUCUUGGCCCAAGUAAAUCUCUUCUUCUUAUUGGUGUCCUUUAGUAGUGGUUUCUUUGCAGCAAUUCGACCAUGAAGUCCUGAUUCACGCAGUCUCCUCUGAACAGUUGAUGUUGAGAUGUGUCUGUGACUUGAAGGUUUUAUUUGGGCUGCAAUUUCUGAGGCUGGUAACUCUAAUGAACUCAUCCUCUGCAGCAGAGGUAACUCUGGGUCUUCCAUUCCUGUGGCGGUCCUCAUGAGAGCCAGUUUCAUCAAAGCGCUUGAUGGUUUUUGCGACUGCACUUGAAGAAACUUUCAAAGUUCUUGAAAUGUUCCAUAUUGACUGUAAAGUAAUGAUGGACUGUAAUUUCUCUUUGCUUAUUUGAGCUGUUCUUGCCAUAAUAUGGACUUGGUCUUUUACCAAAUAGGGCUAUCUUCUGUGUAGCUCAGUUGGUAGAGAAUGAAUCUUGCAAAGCCAGGGUUGUGGGUUCGUUUCCCACGGGGGGCCAGUAUGAAAAAAGUAUGAAAAUGUAUACACUCACUAACUGUAAGUCACUCUGGAUAAGAGCGUCUGCUAAAAUGUAUAUCCCCCCCCCCCCCACCUUGUCACAGCACAACUGAUUGGCUCAAACGCAUUAAGAAGGAAAUAAAUUCUACAAAUUAACUUUUAAGAUGGCACACCUGUUAAUUGAAAUGCAUUCCAGGUGACUACCUCAUGAAGCUGGUUGAGAUAAUUCCAAGAGUGUACAAAGCUGUCAUCAAGGCAAAGGGUGGCUAUUUGAAGAAUCUCAAAUAUAAAAUAUAUUUUGAUUUGUUUAACACUUACAUGAUUCCAUAUGUGAUAUUUCAUAGUUUUGAUGUAGUUACAAUGUAGAAAAUUGUAAAAAUAAAGAAAAACCCCUGAAUGAGUAGGUUAUCUAAAACUUUAGACCGGUAGUGUAGAAUGAGUCAGAUUUAAUUGAUCCAAAUGACUGAUCUGUUAAUCGUUGUUUGAUUUUCUCUUUUCUGCCCCCUGCAGGUACAUGAGAGGUACCACACAGGUGACCGGCCAUAUCUGUGUGAUCACCUGGGCUGUGGAAAGAAGUUUGCUACAGGUAAUAAAUUACCUUCAGACUAAUACAAAGGUCAUAAAACCUUUUGAGAUACAGUGGCUUGCGAAUGUAUUCACCCCCCUUGGCAUUUUCCCUAUUUUGUUGCCUUACAACCUGGAAUUAUAAUGGAUUUUUGGGGGGUUUGUAUCAUUAGAUUUACACAACAUGCCUACCACUUUGAAGAUGCAAAAUAUUUUUAUGCUUAGGGUCAUUGUCCUGCUGGAAGGUGAACCUCCGUCCCAGUCUCAAAUCUCUGGAAGACUGAAACAGGUUUCCAUCAAGAAUUUCCCUGUAUUUAGCGCCAUCCAUCAUUCCUUCAAUUCUGACCAGUUUCCCAGUCCCUGCUGAUGAAAAACAUCCCCACAGCAUGAUGCUGCCACCACCAUGCUUCACUGUGGGGAUGGUGUUCUCUGGGUGAUGAGAGGUGUUGGGUUUGCGCCAGACAACGUUUUCCUUGAUGGCCAAAAAGCUCAAUUUUAGUCUCAUCUGACCAGAGGACCUUCUUUCAGAUGUUUGGGGAGUCUCCCACAUGCCUUUUGUCAAACACCAAACGUGUUUGCUUAUUUUUUUCUUUAAGCAAUGGCUUUUUUCUGGCCACUCUUCCGUAAAGCCCAGCUCUGUGGAGUGUACGACUUAAAGUGGUCCUAAGGACAGAUACUCCAAUCUCCGCUGUGGAGCUUUGCAGCUCCUUCAGGGUUAUCGUUGGUCUCUUUGUUGCCUCUGAUUAAUGCCCUCCUUGCUUGGUCCGUGAGUUUUGGUGGGCGGCCCUCUCUUGGCAGGUUUGUUGUGGUGCCAUAUUCUUUCCAUUUUCGUAAUAAUGGAUUUAAUGGUGCUCCGUGGGAUGUUCAAAGUUUCUGAUAUUUUUUAAAAACCCAACCCUGAUCAGUACUUGUCCACAACUUUGUCCCUGACCUGUUUGGAGAGUUCCUUGGUCUUCAUGGUGCCACUUGCUUGGUGGUGCCCCUUGCUUAGUGGUGCCCCUUGCUUAGUGGUGCCCCUUGCUUAGUGGUGUUGCAGACUCUGGGGCCUUUCAGAAAAGGUGUAUAUAUACUGAGAUCAUGUGACACUUAGAUUGCACACAGGUGGACUUUAUUUAACUAAUUAUGUGACUUCUGAAGGUAAUUGGUUGCACCAGAUCUUAUUUAGGGGCUUCAUAGCAAAGGGGGUGAAUAAAUAUGCACGCACCACUUUUCCAUUAUUUCCUCAGUUUGAACAAUUGCUCACUCAUUAUCUGAACAAUGUCGGUCAGUGUGACUGUGAUCCAUAAAAUGUACAGCACGCGUUUCCAACUCAGCAAAAUGUGUUUUUUCCCCAAAAGGGUAUGGCCUGAAAAGCCACAUCAGGACACACACUGGUGAGAAGCCUUAUCGCUGCCAGGAAGUGCACUGUGCAAAGUCGUUCAAGACGUCUGGUGACCUCCAAAAGCACAUCAGAACCCACACAGGUACAACAUUUAUCCAGAGUCAGAUUUAUACCUAGUCUUAUCCUUACAUAUGCAAUCUACGGUGUACAACUAGUUUAUUUUAUUUUUGCUGUCCCAUUUGGAUUAGAAAUCAUGUGAUCAUGCUGUUAGAAAUGAUCUCAUCCAUGAACUUGAAGAGGUCUUGAACAAGCUCAUCAUCCCCUCUGUACUGUAGGAGAGAAGCCAUUCAUGUGCCCGUUUGAGGGGUGCGGGAGAUCGUUUACUACCUCUAACAUCAGGAAGGUGCACAUUCGCACACACACAGGGGAGCGGCCUUACUACUGUGCAGAGCCUGGCUGUGGGCGAGCCUUCGCCAGUGCCACCAACUAUAAGAACCACGUGAGGAUCCACACAGGUAUGUAGUCCUUCUGUUUCUCUUUAUGUUAAAAGUCACACAACAGCAUUAUUCAGUCCUUUUGUAGUGUGGCGUUUUACACUGAUUAAUGAAUGGGAUGAAUUUACAGGAGAGAAGCCUUACGUAUGCACAGUCCCAGGCUGUGACAAGCGGUUCACAGAGUACUCCAGCCUUUACAAACACCACGUUGUCCACACACCAUGCAAGCCCUACAACUGCAACCACUGUGGGAAGACCUACAAGCAGAUCUCCACCCUGGCCAUGCACAAACGCACAGCGCAUAAUGUCACAGAGCCCAUUGAGGAAGAGCAGGAGGCAUACUACGAACCCCCUACAGGUCAGGCUUGGAAGUCAACACCACCUUACACAGAUGUAUUAGUCAUCAAUGGAUGACUUCAUCUUAUUUGUCUUUCCUCUCCUCUGUUUUUUGUCUAUUUUGGGGAGGGGAAAAAAAGAACCCAGCCUAUGUGUACACUGGCGUAACUAGUGGUAACAUAAUAACCAUACAGGUAACUGCCAAAACAAAGGAAACGGCAACAUAAAGUGUCUUAAUAGGACGUUGGGCCGCCAGAACCGCUUCAAUGCGCCUUGGCAUACAAGUGUCUGGAACUCUAUUUGAGGUAUGUGACACCAUUCUUCCACGAGAAAUUCUAUAAUUUUGUGUUUUGUUGAUGGUGUUGGAAAACGCUGUCUCAGGCGCCGCUCCAGAAUCUCCCGUAAGUGUUCAACUGGGUUGAGAUCUGGUGACUGAGACACACACCCUUUAAACCCCAUAUGCUCCUUUGAGACCCCUCUUUCAAAGUCACUAAGAUCUCUUCUAGCCAUGGUAGCCAAAAUAAUGGGUAACUGGGCAUUUUUAUACAUGACCCCUAAGCAUGAUGGGAUGUUUUUUAAUUAGUUAAUUAACUCAGAAACCACACCUGUGGAAGAACCUGCUUUCAAUAUACUUUGUAUCCCUCAUUUACUCAAGUGUUUCCUUUAUUUUAGCAGUUACCUGUAGAUUACCUCGAAAGUCUGACGUAUACCUCACGGCACAGUGUUUAAAGGUUGACUCAUGGUGAAUCGUUGACUGCUGUUAUGCCCUUAUCAGGACUGCAACCAGAGUAAUGACUGAGUCACGAGACGAUUAUUGAGAAAUUUCAUUGUUGUUAUUCCAUGUGAUUCAGAGGCCAUCGAUGAUCCCUCAGUGAAUUUUGCCCCGGUUGAGGAGGAGGAGUCCUGUUUGGAACAGAUGACUGAGACUGAGGCCAUUGGUCAGCAGCAUGUGCAGCUCAUAACACACCCCGAUGGAACCCAACAGGUUAGUAUAAAAGAAAUGGACCCUACACACUAAUUUAGUCAUUUCACCGGAAGUGUACCACACCCAUAUUUAUAGACAUAGGACAAGCAUCAAUUAGGGUGGUCUAUACAUAUUUAGGUUGAAAGGGGAUUUUUAUAUAUGCUGUGUAUAUGUAUUUAUUUAUUGAAUAUUAUAACUGUAUAGACAUUUAUAUCAGGUAGACAAAACGUAUGUUAAUACCCAAAAGUGGUUGUCAUAAUAAUAAAUGAAUCAGAUGGCAUUCACAGGAAAUGGCUUAAAGGAUCAAACGUUGUUUGUUUGUGAAUAAAGGUGCGUGUUGGAGCUUAUGAGUGUGCAGGCUCUAUUUAUUUUAUACUUACUUUUUUCGGUCCUGCACCCCACUAAAGGAUGUGCGUUUGAUCACACUUGACUACCCAACAGGUUAGCAAAUACUAAACUAGAAUGAGCAUAUUCAUUCUAUUUCUAUGUAAGCAACCUCUCUUAAUUCAUGUCUCAACAACCCCAUUUAUCCCUCUACAUCUACACACCUCUAUACCCAUGGAACCAUACACUGAGUAUGUUUACAUGCACACUAAUAAUGAAAUAUUAAACUGAUUAUGGCCGAGGGCAGAGUAUGGCAUUAGUACAUGUAAACAGCUUAAUCGGCGUUCCAGCAGUGUGUUUGAUCUGUGCAUGUACCAGCACCAGUAGUGCAAGCCUUCCUCUUAUGCGCGAAUGAAGUGAGUUUGGCAGUGGUGUAAAGUACUUAAGUAAAAAUACUUAUGUCGUUUUUUUAGGUAUUACUAUUGAUGUUUUUGACAUCUUUUACUUUUACUUCACUACAUUCCUAAAGAAAAUAUUGUACUUUUUACUCCAUACAUUUUCCUUGAUAACCAAAACUACUCGUUACAUUUUGAAUGCUUAGCAGGACAGGAAAAUUGUCAAAUUCACGCACUUAUCAAGAGAACAUGUGGUCAUUCCUACUGCCUCUGGCCUGGCGGACUCACUAAACAGAAAUGCAUCUUUUGUAAAUAUUAUCUGAGUGUUGGAGUGUGCCCCUGGCUAUCCGUACAUUUUCAAAACAAGAAAAUGGUGCCAACUGCUUUGCUUAAUAUAAGGAAUUUUAAGUGAUUAAUACUUUUACUUUUGAUACUUAAGUAUAUUUAAAACCAAAUACUUUUAGACUUUUACUCAAAUAGUAUUUUAAUGGCUGACUUUCACUUUUACUUAAGUAACUUUCUAUUAACGUAUCUAUACUUUUACUUAAAUAUGACAAUUGGGUACUUUUUCCACCACUGGAGUUUGGAAAAACUGAAAGUAUGCAUCUUAAAUAGUUUUCACAUACAAACUUUAUACAUUGAGUGUACACAACAUUAGGAACACCUUCCUAAUAUUGAGUUGCACCCCCCCUUUUACCCUCAGAGCAGCCUCAAUUCGUCAGGCAUGGAGUGUACAAGGUGUCGAAAGCGUUCCACAGGGAUGCUGACCCAUGUUGACUCCAAUGCUUCCCACAGAAGACUGCUUUGUUUAGCUGUACAAUAAUUAAUAGAGGGCAAAUGGUGAGUUACAGUUAAAGUUACACUUAGGUUGGAGUCAUUAAAACUUGUUUUUCAACCACUCCACAAAUUUAUUGUUAACAAACUAUAGUUUUGGCAAGUCGGUUAGGACAUCUACUUUGUGCAUGACACAUGUAAUUUUUCCAGCAAUUGUUAACAGAUUAUUUCACUUAUAAUUCACUGUAUCACAAUUCCAGUGGGUCAGAGGUUUACAUACACUAAGGUGACUGUGCCUUUAAACAGCUUGGGAAAUUCCAGAAAAUGUCAUGGCUUUAGAAGCUUCUGAUAGGCUAAUUGACAUCAUUUGAGUCAAUUGGAGGUGUACCUGUGGAUGUAUUUCAAAGCCUACCUUCAAACUCAGUGCCUCUUUGCUUGACAUCAUGGGAAAAUCAAAAGGAAUCAGCCAAGACCUCAGGAAAAAAUGGUAGACCUCCACAAGUCUGGUUCAUCCUUGGGAGCAAUUUCCAAACGCCUGAAGGGAUCACAUUCAUCUGUACAAACAAUAGUACACAAGUAUAAACACCAUCGGACCACGCAGCUGUCAUACCGCUCAGGAAGGAGACGCAUUCUGUCUCCUAGAGAUUAACGUACUUUGGUGCAAAAAGUGCAAAUCAAUCCCGGAACAACAGCAAAGGACCUUGUGAAGAAGCUGGAGGAAACCGGUACAAAAGUAUCUAUAUCCACAGUAAAACGAGUCCUAUAUCGACAUAACCUGAAAGGCCGCUCAGCAAGGACAAGCCACUGCUCCGAAACCACCAUAAAAAAGCCAGACUACGGUUUGCAACUGCACAUUGGGACAAAGAUCAUACUUUUUGGAGAAAUGUCCUCUGGUCUGAUGAAACAAAAAUAGAACUGUUUGGCCAUAAUGACCAUCGUUAUGUUUGGAGGAGAAAGGAGGUGGCUUGCAAGCCGAAGAACACCAUCCCAACCGUGAAGCACGGGAGUGGCAGCAUCAUGCUGUGUGGGUGCUUUGCUGCAGGAGGGACUGGUGCACUUCACAAAAUAGAUGGCAUCAUGAGGAAGGAAAAUUAUGUGGAUAUAUUGAAGCAACAUCACAAGACAUCAGUCAGGAAGUUAAAGCUUGGUCGCAAAUGGGUCUUCCAAAUGGACAAUGACCCCAAGCAUACUUCCAAAGUUGUGGCAAAAUGGCUUAAGGACAACAAAGUCAAUGCUACCAAAUACUAAUUGAGUGUAUAUAAACGUCUGACCCACUGGGAAUGUGAUGAAAUAAAUAAUAACUUAAAUAAAUCAUUCUCUCUACUAUUAUUCUGACAUUUCACAUAAUUAAAAUAAGGUGGUGAUCCUAACUGACCUAAGACAGGGAAUUUUUACUAGGAUUAAAUGUCAGGAAUUGUGAAAAACUGAGUUCAAAUGUAUUUGGCUAAGGUGUAUGUAAACUUCCGACUUCAACUGUAUAUAGUGCUUCAUAGUGUAUAGUAAAAUAUGUUACAUGCCUUUUCAUUCCCAGGUCAGUAUCUCGCAGGCUGACAUGCAGGCGUUGGGAAACACAAUUACCAUGGUAACCAGUGAUGGCACCACCUUCACUGUUCCUUCCCAUGAAAUGCUUAAUGCAGAUGGAACACAUUCAGUCACCAUGGUAGCAGCAGAUGGUACAGAAGAGCAGGUGAGUUUUACUAAAACUUUUACCACCAUGAUCUGAAAUCCCCAAAUGUGUACCUGUGUUGUUUAGUUCUGUUCAUACCUUAACAUAACUAGAAUGAUGACUAGUGAUUCUAUUUCUAUGAACACGCCCACAGCAAACACACAUAGAACUGGGUACUUUCCAAUUAAUCGGCAAAACUCCCUCUUCAGACUUUCCAAUCAAUCUCACUUGUGAUGCGUUUUGGACUUUAGAUCUUAAUACAUGUUUGAACUCUUUUUUUCCCCCCCAGGUGGCCAUUGAUUUGGCCUCCUUUCAGGACAUGCAGACAGAGGAGGGGGUUCACCCUGUCACUCUGUUAGCCACCUCAAACGGCACACAGAUUGCUGUCCAGGUAGGGGACACCUGUGACACAACACCACUCCCUCCAACACAACAUAUAGAGACAAGCAGGGCACACUAUCUUCCCAUUGGCUGCUGAGAGGCAUAGCGAGUUCAUAUGACACUGCAGUAGCUUUAACAAACAGCUGUUUGUUAGCCUAACUCACAGCCUCACAAAGAACUACAGUGCAUUCUAUUGUAUUCACUGAGCUGCCUGCAGCAGUGUGAAUCUGAGAUCAAGCAUCUUUUUGUAUUGACCAUCACUAAGGGUCCUAUUCAGUCUUGAGGUACACGUGUUCUAGGAACUCUGCACCUCUCCUGUCUAUUCCAAAGACUGCUGACUAUUCCUGACAAAACCAUUGGUAAAUAGAAACAAAAACAUUCAGUGUGUUGAUUUAUUUAUUUAUUUGCUUCCAACGAUCACAUCAGUCCUUCCAUUGUGAUGUUAAUACAAAGUGUUUUAAGUAAAUAAGGUUAGUCUUUACUCAUCCCUGUAGACUCCACCCAGUCAGUCUACUGUUAUGUAGGUUUGCUUCCCUUUGACGCCUAUAUGAGCUACUGUUGACUGCAAUGGGAGGAGCCUUAGUUUUGAUUGAUUUAAACUAAACCAAAGUAAUGACGAGAUUUUGUAUUAUGUUACUUACACCUGAUCAGACCAUCAAUUUUGCAUAAAUAAUAUUCUGUUUUCUCACUGUGUGAACCUUUCUGUUUCUUAGCUCAGUGAACAACCCUCACUCGAAGAAGCCAUCAGAAUCGCAUCAAGAAUACAACAAGGAGAGAUGGGAUUGGAAGAUUAGAUAAGAUAAGCCUUUCAGAACUAUGACUUCUGUUGAAAUAUUUGAUUUGAUGAGAACAACUGAUCUAUACAAAUUCUACAGUUUCCUGACUCAAGGGUAUUGUUCUUAAAUCAAAACAUGGAAUUCUUUAUUAAGAUUUGUAAAUAGACAUUUUGAUAUGGCUGCACAAAGAGUCUGUAAUGCUGAAACAUCCAUUACCUUGAGUAAGAUGUGUGUUGCUGCAUGAAUGAGAUUAAGAAAUGUAAUGUGUUUUUGGACUUUUGGUACCAUUUUUUCCAUGUGUGAAUAUUGUAUUCUGUGUAUAUACAGUAAAUAGCCAAUGUUUUGAAUCCAGCAUAUAUUUUAACUUUGAAUAUGUACAAAUAAUGGAUAGACAUUGGAUGUUAAAUAAAGCAGUACAAUUCUAUAUAUUUGCACUAAUUGCUUUUGUGAUAAUGUUGUGGAUUUAUCAUCUGAAAUCUACUUAAUUACUAUUGAAACAGGAUAUUGAUUAGUAUUUUAUUGAAUUUAUUUGUAUGUGUAAGACUCAGUAUGAUAUUUGUUUAUAGCAAGUGCUACAUCAUCAACUCAUACUAAUAUGUGAGCAGUUGACAAUUCUUAUCAACAUACAUUUAUUUCAAUUGACUGAU